GUCGCAUAGCUGAGUUAUUUUUUUUGGUUUCUUUUGAAAAUGUUUCGUUUCACGUUUCGUCCGAAAUUGCAACAUUUUCUGUGCCUAGUGAUAUUUAUUUAUUUGUAUGUACUCAUCGAACACUCAGUUCUGCAUAAUGAACGCCUGCGCGAUGAUCUGAAGCUAAUGCAGCGGCAACUCUUCUACCCAAAGCCAAAUCCGCACUGGAACUAUAACAACAGCUGGCGACGCAUCGGAAAUGCAUCGCUAAGGCAUGAGAUAUAUGCCGCAUAUUUCGAUGUGCGCACGGAUAUUAUAAGCGGCGUAAGGCUGGACGAGGAGAUGACUGUUGGUUCAGUACGGAUUUUUGCAAUUUUGCCGGUGCGUCUGCGUGACUCGCGGCUGAGCUGCAUUGUGCGCUUCGCGGAUUUCACCAGCUACGAGAUUGUGGCCGAGGAGGCGGGCGCGAUGCGCGAUGUGCACAACAAUACCUUUGCGGCAUGGAGCAUUAUGUGCCCGCUGCAUGUGCCAAAAAAGUCGCCAGUGCGCCUGCCCCAAGCUGUUGCGCUCAGCUACGCAUCGAAUCGGCUGAGUCACUUGAGUCCCAGCUACGUGCAAAUCAGCUAUCCGCGGAACAUGUCGGAGCUGUUUGCCAAGUCGCGACGCACGAUUUCCGUGUGCGUCGGCCCAUUGCAGGAGAACUACUCGAAUGUGCUGCGCCUGGUAGAGUUCGUGGAGAUGUAUCGUCUGCAGGGCGCGACGCACUUCUACUUCUACUACGUGGAGGCCAGCGAGGAGGUGCGCCGCGUGCUGGCCCACUACCAGCAGAAGGGGCUGGCCGACGUGUUCGAGUGGAAUGUGCAGGCGCAUCUGCAUGAUCUGCACUAUGCGGGCAUCGUGGCGCAGUUCAACGACUGCGUCUAUCGCGCCAAUAUCGUGGACAAUCAUCGCUAUGCGGCUGUGGUGGAUCUGGACGAGGUAAUGAUGCCCCUUAAGCACAACUCCCUGGCGGACUAUCUGCGGCAGUGCGACGAGGGACGCACCUCGGGCUUUGUCUUUCGCAAUGUCUUCUUCUACAGGCGCGACAGCAAUGACACCUUCAAUGCCCCGGCCCAUCUCAUGAAUCGCGUGCUCUACACCCAGUCGAAGGUCCGACGCACCCUCGAGGUGCUGCCCGCGUAUGUGCGCAGCAAGGUGGUGGUCAAUGCGCGCUCCAUUGUGGAGAUGGGCAACCAUCAGGUAUACCGCUCGGCGCCAGGCUAUGUGGAUCACAUUGUGCACCAGUCGGUCGGCCUGCUCUUCCACUAUCGGGACAAGUGCAUCAACUGCAAAAUGGUGCUGAUAGUCGACUAUACGGCGCGACGCUUCGGCUCGCUGCUCUUUGAUCGCGUCGACGCCACGUGCCUGGAGGUCUUCAUGGAGCGGCACGGCAUUUGCACGCUGGCGUAGCCGUCGUCGUCCCUGGCAUGGGCUAUGCCUUAUCGCCCGCGUUAACGCCCACCAAAUGAGCGCCGAGCGCUCGACAAAUUCCGACUAUCCAGCGGCCAGUCUUGUGUUAUCCAUUGCGGCCUCAACAACAACAACUGCAGCAUGCUUAAGUUCUGUUCGCUGCGUCGCGGGGGGCAGCAGUCGAAGCCGCCCCCGCUGCCCGCCAAACGUGUGUCCAAAAGUGUAUGAGAAGUUUAGUUAUUGUAGUACCUAAGUUUAAAUGUGUGCGCCUUGUGCUUUUGUUUACAUUAAAUAAUAAAUU